AAAAUCAAGUAGAUACGCCAUUGCUGGAUACUGUAGAAGAUUUGAUAGAUAAUAUAUUAGAAGAAAAUUCGAUAAAUGAUAUAUUAGAAGAAGAUUCAAUAGAUAAUAUGUUAGAAGAAGAGUUGAUAGAUGAUGUGUUAGAAGAAGAGUCUUUUGAAUUUGAAGGUUUCGAUAGUGAAUAUGGACCAUACCUUCUGAAUUUUACAUCAAUGAUGUUAUUUAUAUGGAUUACAAAGCAUAUGAUAUCGACUACUGCAUAUGAAGAUCUUGUCAAAAUUAUUACACAUUUUAACUAUUGUAAGGAAGAAGUUGUCAAAAACAUUCGACGCAUUUGUAAAUGGAGAAGCAGAUUACCUUUACUUAAAGUAUAUCAGCAUAAUAUUCCUAUCUAUAAACAACAAACACCAUCCACAGUUGUAUCUAUCAAAAAAACAUUUACUAUAUCUCCAUUGGUAUAUUUGAAGCGUAUACUCAAUAAUCCAACGCUUGUAUCAAAAAUGUAUUUUGGACCAGGUAUAAUCGAAGAGGAAAAGUAUGAGUUUUGGCAUGGUGAUCUUUGGCAAGAUUCUCCUUUAUUUGGAAAAUACAAAAUAAAACUUAAUAAUCAAG